AACAGAAGUAGUCUUCCAACAAUCUCACUUCUCUCCUUUUCAUUCUCAGUUUGACCCAUCAUUCCUCUCUCUCUCUCUCUCUCUCUCUGUAUCUUCUUCUUCUUCUUCUUCUUCUUCUUUUUCUUUUACAAUUGUUUAUGAGAUAUAAUGUCUCCCUCUGCCUUGCUUUGAGUUUGUUCGUCUGAACGACAAUGGCGAAAGUGCCGCUGCAACUUUCUCCUCUGCUCCUGCUUUUUCUUCUUCUGCAGCUGUGUCGUUUUGUUGAAGUUGCUCUCUGCCAAUGUCCGAACUCGCGUUCUUCUUUUCUUUGACUUCUGCACGCACAUUGUGAUCUCGCCGAUCCGUCUUGUCUUCCACGAUCAGAACAGGAGAAUUAAGAGCCUAAUUUAAUCAAAUGGAGCAAUACGAAGUUCUGGAGCAAAUUGGUAAAGGAGCUUUUGGUUCUGCUCUUCUUGUGAGGCAUAAGCAUGAAAAGAAAAAGUAUGUGUUGAAAAAGAUUCGUCUUGCUCGACAGACUGAUAGGUCUCGUAGAUCUGCACACCAAGAGAUGGAGCUUAUUUCUAAACUACGAAAUCCAUUUAUUGUGGAGUACAAGGAUUCCUGGGUAGAGAAGGGCUGCUAUGUGUGCAUUAUUAUUGGUUAUUGUGCUGGAGGUGACAUGGCAAAAGCUAUUAAAAAAGCCAAUGGCGUUCUUUUCCCUGAAGAGAGGCUCUGUAAGUGGCUAGUUCAACUUCUGAUGGCACUCGCAUACUUGCACAUGAAUCAUAUUCUUCAUCGUGAUGUGAAGUGUUCAAAUAUAUUCUUGACAAAAGAUCAAGACAUACGUCUUGGAGAUUUUGGACUUGCCAAAAUGUUGACCUCCGAUGAUCUUGCUUCCUCUGUUGUGGGAACUCCAAGCUAUAUGUGUCCCGAGCUUCUUGCUGAUAUACCUUAUGGUUCAAAGUCGGAUAUUUGGUCUUUGGGAUGCUGUAUAUAUGAGAUGACAGCUCACAAGCCUGCAUUUAAAGCAUUUGACAUUCAAGCACUGAUCAACAAAAUUAAUAAGUCUAUAGUGGCUCCUCUUCCAACGAAGUAUUCUGGUGCAUUUCGAGGUCUUGUCAAAAGCAUGCUGCGGAAAAACCCAGAGUUUAGGCCAAGUGCUGCAGAGCUGCUUGGGCACCCACACCUUCAGCCUUAUGUUCUUGAGGUUCAUCUCAAGAUCAAUAGCCCAAGACGUGGUAGUUUACCUGUCCCCUGGCCUGAACCGACUUAUAUGAAGAAAACCAGAUUUUCAGAGACAAAGGAUGUUCCUCUUGUUACGUACAGGGAGAAGCACUGUUCAUUCAGCAAUGAUAGGACUUUGAAUCCAAGUAUUUCUGGGGCUGAACAAGAUUCCCUAUGUUCUACCCUAGAUAUUCAUGAUAACCCGAGUUUUUUAAAUCAAAGGUUACAAGAGCUGUCUGUUGGAAGCAUCCAUGAACAGACUGCCAUUUCUAAGACUGUUCUGGCCAAAGCUUCAGAUAUUGCCAAGUCUUCGAGACGUAUUCCAGCAAAAGCUUCUGGUCCUCCUAAAAGAUGUGAAUCGUUUCCUGUUUCAUGGACUCCAAGAAAAUCUGUCACUACGGCUCGGAGGACAUCUUUGCCUGUGUCAACAAGAGGUGCAAUUGAACAGUCCCCCUGCAAGCACAAUAUUGGUAUCCUCAACUGUUUAAAAUCCCCCGAUGUUUCUGUCAAUUCACCCCGAAUUGACAGGAUAGCUGAUUUUCCAAUAGCCCCUUAUUAUGACCCAUUAUUCUGCAUCGGUAAAACUUCAACCUCGGUGCAAGGUUCCUCUGGCUCCCCACAGGACAAUGAUUGUUCCCUCACCAAAGAUAAAUGUACUGUCCAGACCAAUCGAGUUUCUGCCAAACCUAGUUUGCCUGAUGCAUGGAAGGGACUUCGUCGCAGCAUGUUUCAAGCAGAUGGACGGGAAGGAAGUGACGAGUGCUCUGAUCAAAAUGCAACUGCUGGAGCAUCAAGCCACACUUCAUCAGACUCUCGUCACCGCCGGUUUGACACAUCAUCAUUCCAGCAAAGAGCUGAAGCUUUGGAAGGGUUGCUUGAAUUUAGUGCAAGGUUGCUGCAACAGGAAAGAUAUAAUGAGCUUGGGGUGUUGCUAAAGCCAUUUGGUCCUGGGAAGGUCUCCCCCAGGGAAACUGCUAUCUGGUUGACUAAGAGCAUCAAGGAGAACCCUCUGAAGCAGGAGGAUUAGCACCAAUCAACUGCCACCACAUGUACUAUAAAUUUAGCUGUAACAAUCUAUAGGGCCUCUAUUUGUUUUUGACAUGUCGAGGUACUAGGAGCUCAGGCAGAUAUGCUGACAUAGCAGUUUUUUGUUAGAUUUACACGACUCUUCCAUGUUCUCCAUGCUUCUGUUUCAUGAUUUUCAUUAAGAUGGGUAAUUGGUACGAUAUCAUGGUAUGUAUUUAGCUUGACAAAAUGUGGAGGAAAUAGAAUUGUUGUGAUAUGUACAACUGUUUCCGAUUA